AUGACGACUCACCCCAUGGACAUUGACAGCGACAGCGACGAUCUCACUCACACCUUGGGGCCCGGCGGAAGUGUCAUAAUUGCCGACGACCCUGAAGCUGACGAGAAGGCCAUUCCGUGGGUUGAAAAAUACCGCCCUCAGUCCCUCGACGACGUCGCCGCUCACCGUGACAUUGUUGAUACCAUUGAUAAGCUGACCACGGAGAACAGAUUGCCGCAUCUUUUAUUGUAUGGCCCACCUGGAACGGGCAAAACAUCAACCAUUCUCGCUGUGGCACGCAAAAUGUAUGGUCCAAACUUCCACAGUAUGAUUUUGGAACUCAAUGCAUCGGAUGACAGAGGAAUUGAUGUCGUGCGACAGCAGAUUCAAGAUUUUGCUAGUACUCAGAGCUUAUCAUUUGGUGUUAAGUCCUCUGUAAAACUGGUAUUGUUAGAUGAAGCGGAUGCCAUGACAAAGGAUGCCCAGUUUGCAUUACGUAGAGGUAUUAUUCCUGCACUUCAAUCUAGAUGCACUCGGUUUCGGUUUGCCCCUCUUGAUGCCAUCCAUGUCACUGAAAGACUGAAACAUGUUAUUGAGGCUGAAGGGCUUGAUGUUCAAGAUGAUGGUUUAGUAGCUAUUGUUCGGCUUUGCAAUGGUGAUAUGAGAAAGGCUUUGAAUACUCUUCAGUCAACAAAUAUGGCUACUCAGAAGAUAACAGAAGAAGCUGUUUACCUUUGCACUGGAAAUCCAUUGCCCAAAGACAUUGAGCAAAUAUCUUACUGGCUUCUAAACGAACAAUUUGCAGAUAGCUUUAAAAGAAUAGAUGAAAUGAAGACCAGAAAAGGGUUGGCCCUGGUUGAUAUUAUCAGAGAAGUGAUAAUGUUUGUUUUUAAGAUUAAGAUGCCUUCAGCUGUUCGAGUACAAUUGAUGAAUGAUUUGGCAGACAUAGAGUACAGAUUAAGUUUUGGGUGCAACGAUAAGCUUCAACUUGGAUCAGUUAUUGCUUCUUUUACACGUGCUAGAUCUGCACUGGUUGCAGCUGCUACAUAG